AUGACAUUUUCACGGCAUAGACCCGACGGCAAGACCGCCGCCGCAACCGCCGUGACUAAGAAUUCCGACUUGCCAACUCCGCCGCGGAACUGCUGCGUCACGUGCCUUGCGAGACUCAUUAGAAAAGUGAAGAGAAAAGGAAGGUUGUUGCUGGCUCGGAGGAGACGACAAGGGAGGUCGUUGCAAUGUCGGUACGAUCCAUUGAGCUAUUCACUGAACUUUGACGGUGGUGCGUGUGGUAUACUUCCCGAUGAUGAGCGGUUCUAUGCGUUUUCUUCGAGAUACGUUACAAAUAAUACUAUCGAGAAGAGACCACCACUUCCUCGUGAUACUCUCUCUACCGUUUCUCACGAAUUCGUGUAA